UUGCGUGACGCACACGAGGUGAUAAGUACCCGUCCUGCUGGCGGUCUCCGUUUUGUCUGUGUGUGAAGUCAUCGGGGACAGACGCGGAUCUAUAGCGGUUACCUGCGAUUGUUUACCAAACAAGCGGUGUCAUGGAGGUCAGCGCCGAGGCCAAGAGGAUCAUGGUCGUGGCUCUGGGGAAACUCUACAGCUCCCGGACGCAGCGCGGAGGACUCCGUCUCCACAGGAGCCUCCUCCUGACCCUGGUCAUGAAAUCCGCCCGGGACAUCUACCACGCGGCGCAGCCGGCGGAGGAGAGCGUCGUUCCCGCGGAGGUGGAGAUGAAGGAGGAGGACGUCCAGCCUCCGUCUCACCUGCCCGACGACGCGCGUAAUUGCGAGGAAAACAAGGAGAACCUGUCCAACUGCGCGCAGCACACGCGGAAACGGCGGAGCAAAGCAGACGCGGAUCCGGACUUCCUGCCCUGUAAGAAGGCAAAGCUCGAGCACGGGAGCAGCUCGGAACAGCUCCUCCUCAGCUCCGUUUUGGUGGACUACGUGAACUGUGGCAGUGAACUGGGGCCACCCCCAACCCCCAUCCCCCUACAGACCGCCAUCGCAGCCUGCUAGACCCCCACAGGUCAAAUUGGAUGCCCUAACGUGGAUCCGGGUGUGGAGGAAGUCCAAAAGUCCCAGCGGUGGCUGAACAUGUCUGGACUUGUCAGGAGCCCAGCUGGCGCGCAGCUGCUCCUGCAGAACUGCUGGUGCCUUGAGAUGGACAAGUGAAGCCUACAGGACUGGCCUUCCCUGAACUGUGUUUUAAGCUUUGUAAAACAGUCCAAGAAUCCAUCUACCUCAGUAUUUAUUAAACAUGUUUUUGUAUUUGACAGAA